AAACAAUGCACCAACCAGAGAAAAAAACACCAAACAGGACACCACCAACGACGCAAGACACCAACCAGUGAAAGAAGCACCAUCUGGACGACACCGACAACGCAAGAAAAGCACCAGCCAAUGA